GGUUGUGUGUGUGUGUGUGUGUGAGUGGGCAGGCAUACAUUAAGACCAGCAGCCCUUUAAAUAACUGGUGAAGUCAUCUCAAGCCUUCUUCCUCGCCUGCUCUCAGCCACAAAGGCUCAGAGCUAGAGUCACCAGGGCCAGAGGGGCCAGGCAAGCAGAGCUGUGGGGGAGGGGAGGGGAAGGACAACCACUGCUGCCCCUCACCCCUGUACUGGGAUGAAGCAUGUGAUCUUCACCCAGAGGCAGGUGGGGUGGAGGGGGAGGGCUCCCAGGAGGUGGUCCUCGUGGCAGGAAAAUCUUAAGAAGCAGUAAAAUAAAAUUCGUAUUUUAAGACAAGAAAAAUUUAUUUGGCCAAAUAAACUAAAGCUGGGUUAAAAAGUUAAACAGAUUUCUUUUUUGCAGGACUUCUUAGGACUAAAAGAGAUCUAUAGCAGUGAGUGAUUCCCAGACUUGUGUGAUCAGGGAACUGUUUUUUCCCAUGGAACAUCAUGGACAGUAUUCCAUGGGAUACUCUUUGGGAACCAUCAGUCACAUCCCCCUCCCCCAGACUGGUUCAACAGCUUGACUGGAAAGGCUCUAACAACAUCAACAUCACCUCCCACAGUGGGCCAUCUUAUUUUGCAGCAGCUUUCAUUCCUUAGGGGGUGCAAAGUUCACUUGCCCUGCUCUCUGGACUUGCACAGAGAAUUUCAAUCUCUGCUCAGCUGGAGAGUUCUCCGAAAAGUCCUCAAGAGUCCUUGGCUCUCCUCUGCUCACCUGCUCUAGACAGAAUGUCUUUGCAUUGAUUCAGGUGCUCGUUCAGGGCAGGAAUUGGGUUUUGCUGUGGGAUCUGCAGUGCCUGGCACACAGUGAACAUACAGUAAAUAGUUGUUUAGAAGAGAAAGGCAUAGAGCCUCCCUGGAUGGCUCACACAACCACAAUAGUGCCUCCAUCUCCAGAGCUUCCACAUUCCUGGCUGCUUCAUUGUCAAGCCACAGCCUUUCCCAGGGUUUAUUAUCAGCAAAGGAGACAAGGUCCCUGAUGGCAGGAAGCUGGCUGGGGCUCAGGGUGCUGGCCCUUCAGCCCUGGGGGCCUCUCAGCAAAUAGUCCCUUGGAAACAGGGCAGCUGUCCCAGGAGGGGGCGGGCUGGGAGGGGCCUCACUCCCCCCACACACUGGACCCUGGAGGAGCCCCUGUGUGAGCAGAACUGCAGCCCUGGCUGGCGGGACUGCCUUGGGCAGGUGACCUGGGCAAUUCCAUGGUCUCCAGGGUCCCUGCCACUCUGGCCAUGUGUCCCUGUCACAGCCCUGAAACCCCUUCAGGCCCCUGUUCUCCUGUCUCAGUUCCAGCCCAGGCCCCUCCUCCACGGGGAAGGUUGGCUCCAUGCCUGCAUCCCUUCUGGGUCAGAAGACACCUACUAGGCUGCCUCAGGGCCACUGGGACCCUGCAAUCCCCCCAGUCAUCUCCACUCUGCACCCCUCACCCCUGCCCCUGUCCCAGGUGCAUUCUCAGGGCUGUCCCCUCCCAAGGGUCCUGCAGGUGCCUCCCCUUUCAGCUCCUGCCCUUAAAAGGGGGCCAGUCAUCCAUCCAUCCCCACCCCCUCCCUGGGAUGCCCUGGAAGGCUCCCCAUCAGCAUCAGACACAGCAUCCUUAUUCAUUUCCAAUCCCUCUUCCCAGCUUGGAAGCUGCUUAUCAGUCUCCCGGGCCAGGAAAUUCCUCACUCAGGUAGGACUACUUUCUAGAUUUUUCUGGACUCUUACCUGGAUGGCAGCUUUGAAGCUAAAAAAUCAAACAUGAUGUCAGUUUAUUCUGUGGUUCCUCAUGACGCCACCCCAGAGUCAUGCUGGGUGGGUGUCUCCUUUCCCCAGUGGGGAAGAGUCACAUGUUAAGGCAAAAUUAGGGGGUGGGAAUUUAGAACAGUCCCUACUUCCCACGUCAUCUGGUCCCCACGGCCUUGCUCUCACCCCAUGGCUCCUCCCUGCUCACCCCAGAAGCUUCCCUCCUCAGAGUGGGACUGUGUCCCUUCAGAUGGUGGCUCCUUCUAGUGAUGCUUCAGGGAGGACAGGCCAGGACAUGUGUGUCUUCAGCUUGCUAUGGAAGGAGGCCGAGGGCUGUGAAGGUGGGUCCUGGGUCCCAGAGCCCUGAGGUUUGGUCCUGAGCUUCCACCCACGGGCCCCGCUGACAUGUGGACUGUAGAGCAAAGUGCUCAAACCCACAGCUUUAGCUGUGUUUUCUGAGUUCCCUCUUCCUGGUUGUGCAUGCCACCUUAGGUGAAGGCAUUUGAUUCCUUGAACCUUAUUUUUCUCAUCUAUAAAAUGGGGUUAGCAGUAUAAUCCACAGUCUCUUUUCUGAAACCCUUGAUAUGCUCCAGAAUUCAAAAUUUUUCAGUUUCAGACAAGUGACAUGGUGCAUCUAUUCUAUGUGACAUAACAUCCCACUGGGGUCUAGAAGUUCCUUGUAAUCAAGUACAUUAGUGUUUCUACAACUGUACUUUUGAGCACUCAUAAUACAUAAAAUAAAUGAAGAUCAUAAAUUAUCCCAGAUCUGUUCAGGUCAAAUUUUGCUACCAAAUGAAUUUUUAAAAAUUCUUGUUCAGUUUUCAGAGGCUUGAAGGUUUGGGGUUGCAGAUAAGGACCUUCCUACCUUGUGUCUCUACAGAUAAUGGCACGCAGCACAAAGAGAUAUAAAAAAUGUUCAUGGUUGAGGCCUGAGCCACCCCAGCUGUGAGGUUUGGGAUAAGACAAGUCUCCUGACAAGGCCAAGGGUGAUGGGUGGAGAGAACCAUGUGGAGCGGCUUGUGCUCUUACCCAAGUGUCUGAGCCACUGGUUCCAACUCCACAGAUCCUGAGCCUCAGCCCUCAUGGGGCCCUGAGCCUUUUCCAGGCAUCUGACUCAAUCCACCUCUGGAACAGGAUCUUUUUCUGGUGGGUCUUCAGGGAAGACCACUGCUGUAAUGGGACCAUGACCUGCCUGACCGUUACAACACCAUGACCACCCGGUCGACAUCCCCAAGCGGUGACGCCAAGUUCAACGUGUGCCGCUUCCUCCGCCUGCCACAGCUCUGCUCCACUUGCGUGGCCUUCUCGCUUGUGGCCGACAUGGGCAAUCCGAGAGGGGCCAUAGGUAACUGGUCCAUGUCCUUCUGGUGUGUCUGUUUCGCCAUGACCUUCAUCAUUGCCAUAGUUGAGUGUUGCAGGCACCCGUCUCACUUUCUUUUCUUCUGGUACAACAUCUCUGUCACCUAUGCCUGCUACGCUGCCCUCAUCUGCCUCUCGGCCUCUAUCAUCUACUCCAUCACCUAUGUCCAGUUCGUGCCUUAUGGUCCUAACCGGGACCGGGCCAUCACCGCCACUGCUUUCUCCUGCAUCGCGUCUGUGCUGUAUGUCAUAGAAGUGGCCGGGAUGUGGGCCUGGUAUGAGCUCAAGGAGAUCUUCUUCUACAAGCACACCUUGCGAGCCCUGCUGAAGGUGCUGGAGACCUUCGUGGCCGGUGUCAUCUUUGCCUUCCUCAGCAACACCUCCCUGUAUCUGCACCAGCCGGCCCUGGAGUGGUGUGUGGCCGUGUACUCCAUCUGCUUCAUCCUGGCAGCUGUGGUCCUCCUGCUGGACCUGGCUGAAUGGGAAUACAUGCUGUCUGCGCCCUUCUCCAUUUUCCAGCUUGUGAUCACCCUGCUCUCCAUCCUCCUCUAUGUCAGCGCUCUGGUCCUCUGGCCACUCUACCAGUUCUAUGAGGAGUUCGGUGGGCAGCCUCAGAGGUCCAGUGAUGGGGACUGCAGGGACGAGCUCACCUAUGACAUGUGCACCUGGGACCAGCGACUGGCUGUGGCCGUCCUGACAGCCAUUAACCUGAUGGUUUACGUGGCCGACCUGGUGUACUGGGCUUGCCAGGUUUUUCUGUAGGGACUGAAGAUUAGCCCACGGACUCCUGAUCCCCUGCUCAUAGGAAGUAUUCUCACCGAGCUCAGAUGUCAUCUUCCUGGCUCCCUCUCUCCUAACAUCCUUCCCCAUGUAUCUCACUCUCUUUUCUGUUCGCUUUCCCACUGCUGCUCUGUCUCCUUCCUGGUUUCUUUGGUUGUUCAAGUCCUGUUUUGUUUCUUUCUCUUGCUUCUCUCAUCUUUCCUUCAUUUUCUGCUUUUUGGCCCUUUUUUGGUCAUCCUUAGCUUCUCAUCUCCUGUGUCCUGACCGCCUCCCCUCAUCUUCCUUCUUCAGAUCUGUCAGGACCUGAAAUUCCUUCCUUCCCUGCCCACCGCCCCCUCCCUCCUCCUAAGGUGCUGACUCCGCAGCACACAGCCCUCUGUGCAGCUGUUCACACCCUGGGCCUCCGGAGGGGCCUCACUGCCAAAGCGUGUCUGUCCCCCGGCAGUGCCUUAAUGGUGUGGUUGGGAGAGUUUAAAGGGUGUGGGAGGGUAGGAAGGGUUUGGGCUUUUUUCCUUCCAGUGGAGCAGCUAUACUGUGCACCUCCCCUUUAAGUUAAAAAAAGACUCUCUGAAGGUGAGUAAUUUCUAGUGGGCAAAAUUCUUGCAUGAGAUACUCUGGGUUCUUGGGCACCACUUGGUGCUCAGUUCUCCAAGCGAUUGGCUCCAGAAUUUUUGCAGGCUCAUUAAUCAUCCAUUGCUUAGAGGGCAUCUUAGAGGAAGCCAGGGGUAAAUGCCUUCCAUCCCAACUACUCUCUGGGGAACAAAAAAAAAAAAAAAAAAAGAGCUGGUGAAGAACCCCAGGGUCUUGAAGACACCUGUCUGCAGUGUUUGUGAGGGGCAGCGAUGUGGUCCCCCUAACUCAGUGAUCAAAACAGAUCCUGCCUCUGCAGGGAGAAGAGCAUGGACACUGCCGACUUUAAUGCUGUAGUUUGCUGGGUGGUUUUUUUUUUUCUCUCCUUUUCUUUCUUUCUGUUCUGGGGGCCAAAAAUUACCGAGUGACUCUGUUCUUCAAGAGAAAGUUUCAAAUUUUCUUGGGCAGGUGGUUUGUAGGGGGUGGGGGUUGCUGCUUCCAUUGUCAAAGGAACUGUAUUGUUUGAGUGUGAGGGGACACAUACAUGUGUUUUUCUGUGUCAGUUGCUUUUUGAUGUUGCUUCCUGCUUCUCUGGGACUAAGGCAUAAUUUGAACAUAAAUGUGCACAAUUU